AUGUCUGACGACGAAUAUUACGACGAAUAUGACGAGGAUAUCUUCUGGAUUGAGGAGCCUGAACCGGAUAUUGCUGACGACCUAGCUGCAACUGCAAACUACGACGCGAUCUUCUUUGGCGACCCUUCUCUUGAGGUGGAAGAUUACUACAGUGACUGGGACGACCUAUCCGACGAUUACUACGAUGACGAUCCGACUGCCGUGCGGCGACAACGAGUUAUGGAUCGACAAGCGAAGAAAAAGCAGAGCAAUGGCGAAUAUCAGAAAUCCAACGGAGAGAGCACGAAGGAAUUAUCAUCUUUGAAACCGAAUGCAGCAUUCUUUCAGAGCGUGAUAUGGAAAAAUCCAGAGCAUGAUGAUAGAGCUAUCAAGCUCCACGAACCAGGCGAUGGAGAAAAAGUGGCAUUAUUAAAGAAUUGGCGAGAGGUAUUCAGAUCCUCUCACCCCGCCAUCGGCCGAUCACGAAUGCGGAAGGAGAGAGUGUUGGGGUUCCUUAACUCCGAUGCCAGCACUACUCCUUUAAAUACCAUUGAUAGUAUCAUGGAAGAUGAAAACAGAGAAGUCAGUGCCGACCUAACGUCAGGCCUAUCUUCACUUGAAACCCUUCGCGAAUCCGAUGUUGACUCUGGCAAUAUGUCGAAUACGACUCCCGGGAAGUCAGUGUCUCCACCCUCCAUGCGUAUCGACAGGGAUCUUGCAGCCAAUACGAAAACGGCCAAUGAUGGACACUCGAUUGAAGACUCAGGACCCGCAACCCGAAGUUCUCGUUCCUCAGCGUCCAACGGUACCAAUCUCAAUAAAUUGCCCAAGACAAGCGCGCCCUCUCCAGCGAAGAGCAGAAAACGCAAGGCCUCUGAUUCCUUCGAUGAGGAGGCCAGUGAGAAUAAAAACACUAUGGAAGAUGUCGAGAAACCCAGAUCCAAGAGAAUUGCAUCAAAGAAAGUCGGCCAGGAAACCAACUCGACAUCGACAUCGUCAGCUCCCGUGCGAAGAUCGACGAGGCAAGGCAAGAAAUAA